UUGCUUCCUCCCGGAAGUUGGCUGUCCCAGCAUUCUUCGCGGCCAUGCAUGGACGGUUUGUGUCCCAAAAGAUCAGCCGAACGCGUUGGCGGCCGGAGCCCGGCUCCAGUUUAGGGCCGCCGGAAUGUCUCGCCACAGGCUCCUGGGAUGCGGAGCAGAACAAAGUGUGCCUUUGGGAGACACAGGACAUUGAUACCACUGAAUCAGACCAGUUGCUUGUGGAGGACCCGGAACUGCUGUGUGAAAUAAAGCACAAUGGUGAUGUCAUGGAUUUGCAGUUUCUAGAUCAGGAGAGGAUCGUCACUGCUUCAUCCACAGGAAGUGUGACUGUGUUCCGACAUCAUCCGAACAACCAGACUCUUUCGGUCGCCCAGCAUUGGGACCGAGUCCACUAUCAUUCCAAUACCAGCACCCCCUGCACCAGCCUGAUUUGUAGUGGUCCUGAGAUUAUUACUGUCGGGGAAGAUGGCCGAAUCAACCAUUUCCAAGUUGACAUAAAGGAACCAGUGCGGACUAUAGACAAUGCUGACAGUAGUUCACUCAAUGCAGUUACCUUUCUGCGGACAACGGAGAUCUUGACAGUCAAUUCCAUCGGACAGCUGAAAAUCUGGGAUUUCAGGCAGCCAGGAAACAAACCUUUACAAAUAUAUUGUUUCACAGAUGAGCGAGUGCCUCUGCACUGUGUAGACAGGCAUCCGAACCAGCAGCACAUAGUGGCAACAGGUGGCCAAGAUGGAACACUAUGUAUCUGGGACGUCAGACAAGGAAAUAUGCCCAUCUCUGUGUUGGAUGCUCAUUCUGCAGAAAUGUGGGAAGUUCACUUCCACCCUUCCAACCCUGACCAUGUCUUUACAUGCUCCGAGGAUGGAUCUCUCUGGCACUGGAAUGCAUCUAUGGUUAAUUCUGAAAAGCCUUCCUUUCUUCAAGGUAAAAGAAACUUCGCAUUAGCUAAUCCAGCUUCCCAGGUUGACAGGAACCAGUCAGUGACCAGUGCAUGGGUCACCAGUGAUAUUACGAAAGGAAAAGUAGAUGCCAAAAAUCUGCUGUCAGAUUACAUCCUGUCAGUCAAUAGUUUGGAUGUUGUGGGAGAGCAUUUAGUCUGUGGGACAGAUGCAGAAGCUAUUUACAUUACCAGGGAUCUGGAAGUCUGAUUGUAACCAGAUUCAAAUUUCUGAACGUGAACCAUUGCUCUUAAAAUCAAAAACUUGCCAGUAUGCAGAAAAUGACAAGCACACGUGGAUUACUUUAAAUAAAGUACCCUUCAAAACUGC